AUGUCAUCGAGGAGCUUCUUCUCUUCACCUGCUUGCCAUAGCUUCUAUCUUACGCUCCAGAUGACAACGAAACAAGAAUCGUUCUUCUACACAAGUACCUCAUCCACCCUACGUUUGGGGAACUUAUGUCUCACUUGUGAUUUUCUUUCACAAUUGCAAUUUCUCUAUGGUUCGAAGAUUUUAUCGGAAUUAACCAUGGUUGCUGGUAGGGUUGCUCAUCCAGUGUUAAAAGGCCCAAGUGUGGUCAAGGAGUUAAUCAUUGGAUCAGUGCUUGGGUUAGCUUGUGGUGGUUUGUGGAAAAUGCAUCACUGGAAUGAGCAAAGAAAAACAAGGGCAUUUUAUGACCUUCUGGAGAAGGGCGAGAUAAGUGUAUUGGUUGUAGAAGAAUGA